AUGGGCGCUGAGCCAGCCUUGGACACGGUCGUGUGGUUUCCCGUGAGAUCCAACUCAAAAUUUUUCCUUUCACUGCUGCCAAUUGAUGGAGGAAAGCUACAGCAGGAGGAUCCAACCGCUGCUAUAGAAAAGAGGAGGGAAGUCGUAAUCCGAGGCCUAAUUGAAUACAUGGGGGAGAAGCCAGGAGACUUGAUUUCAGAUCUACAGAGUCUGGAGGAAACUGAAGACACUCGGCAGAAUAUCGCCUAUCCAGUGAAGAUUGUCAAAGUUGCCCCUGUGUUUGAGGAGUCGGUCAUGGGCGCCAUGGUAACGCUCCGGAGAAGCCAUGGAGAUGCUCUUUCAUGUGGAUGCUCCAUUCAUUCGCCGGCUGCACCACCACCGUCUCACGUCAGCCAUCACAUGACCAGCGCUCAAUGA